AUGACUCUCCAUCUUCCGCGCAUACCCCUCUCACCGGUCUUAUCCAAACUUCCACCUCUCCAUCUCAAGAGUCCAACGGAUUACAACCUUGCUUUCGGUACUUUGGGACUUAUCAUCCUCGUGCUCACAGCACCUCAUACAGGAGGAUGGAGACUUCUCAGGCUAGGAGUCAUCGCCCCGCUGUGCAUAGGUGUAUUUGGGUAUCUGAUAUCGUGUACGGAGGAUGAACAUGAUUUUAAUCAGUGGGGAGUCGCUACCUUGAUGGGUUCCUUCAUCAUGCGUAUACUGGAAUUUUUCAUAUUCUUUCCACCUGAAGAAAAUUGUCACAGACUUGUACCUCGCUCACAAGUUUAUCCUUCACCUUCUUCGAAUGGUCACCUGCACGCCACAAAAACAGACUCUUCGACCCAUCAACCGAAGAAGACUGACGACGAGGUCCUUAUCCCUGAACCUAUACCACCGCCAUUCACACUCGCCAAAUUUUACUGGUCCUCCUCACUCUGGUUCUCAUACAGGGGUAUAGGCUGGAAUACCACUUGCCCCCUUUCCCCUUCUUCUCGACAGCACCCAUAUCUCCGCCAAUCAAGUAGAAAACACUUCGUAUUCGUACAAAUGCGUAAAUGGAUAAUUUCAUACCUCGUUGAUGAUCUUUUUAGGUCUAUACGUAAUAUCUAUUCAGCCCGAUUCUUCUCUGGUUUACCCGAUGCUGUACCCUACACCCACUUGAGCCAACUUGAAAGAGGCCUGAAUUCGACUGCGGUGGUGGUUAGGAUAUACUUUAGCUUGGUGAACAGUCAUAUAGCGAUGAGUAUAAUUUGUGUGAUUAUUGGAGGGAUAUUAGGAUGGGAGACGGAGAUGUUCGCUCCGUGGGGGUGGCCUCCGCUGUUUGGAGAUUUGGGGGAGUUGUGGAAAUAUCCUGGUUUAUCUACGCUAUGGUCUAGAACCUGGCAAGGAUAUAAUCGAAGAUGGCUAUACGUAUUAGGAUGGAUAGGUAUCGGUGAAAAUAUUCUAGGGUUAACACAUACCGGUAUAUCAUCUCAUCCCACUAUCCCUUCUAUUCCAAGAUCACAACUGUCAUCCAACGGAAAAGGAGCUUCAAGUCCGUCAAAUCCUUCUGGUCAGAUAACACCUUCACAUCCUUUACCUACUUCACCUCUACCCCCCAUCGACCCACACUCAAACUCACCGCGAUCGAUUCGACGAAAGAUGUCAACGAGAUUGAUGGUUCAAAACCUUAUCAAAUCAUUCAUAACCUUCCUCUUGUCGGGUUUAAGCCACGAUGUAGGAUCGUUAGCUCUAAUCCUUAAAAAUCAUCGUCAUCAAGAGAUAUAUUUAAGUGAUGUAUUGAGAUUGACGCCGUUUUUCGUUGUUCAGCCAUUCGCCCUAGCUUUCGAAGCGCUCAUCAAAACUUAUUGGCGAACUUGGAAAGCCAACCAUCAUCCUACUUGGAGCAAACAUCGGGAAGGUAGGGGUGGGGAAAGAGGAAAUGAACCCGAAUGGCUGAUUCUGACUGAGAGGUUAGCAGGGUUUAUAUGGACCUGGACAUGGUUAGGCUAUACCGCGAGGUUCUUCGUAGAAGGGACAGCUCAGCUAGGAGCAUAUAGGAGAGAUGGGGGGAGAGAAUUGUUUUGGAGUUUUUGGGGUGGGGUCCUUUGGGGUAAAUGGUAUAUCUAA